CGGCUCCGCGGACCCCACGCGGGGGCCGGGCCGCCCCCGAAUACAGGCACCCGGGCCAUGCCACCGCCGUCCCCGGGUUCGUGGCUUGUGCUGUCGCUCUACUGCCUCGCAGCCGCGGCGACCCCCCCAGUUUCUUUUUCCCAGCUGGCUGCUCCUCGGAACCCAAAUAUCCGCCUGUACAACGCUGAGCAGGUUCUCAGCUGGGAACCUUCUUCCUCAGGCAACAACACAGGACCAGUGCUCUACCGGGUGCAGUAUAAAUAUACUAGUAGUGACUGGAAUGACGUCAAGCCCAAACUGGGGAACUGCACACAGCUUACAGUGACAGAGUGCAAGUUCACCACAGCCAACCUCUCUGAGGGCUUCCCCAAGCACUUCAAUGUCUCCUUGCGUGUGCGCGCCGAGCUGGGACAACAUGAAUCUGCCUGGGCAACCGUGCCGUGGUUUCAGCACUUUCGAAAUGUUACCAUCGGGCCUCCAGAAAACAUUGUGGUGACCCCAGGAGAAGGCUCCCUCAUCAUCACAUUCUCUGCCCCCUUUGACACCGGCAACCCCACGGAGGUCCCUUUAUUCUAUUAUGUCCAUUACUGGGCAAAAGGUGGAACUGAACAGGUUAAAGGCCCUGUCACAAGCACCUCCGUUUUGCUGAAUAACUUGAAGCCAUUACGAGUGUACUGUUUACGAGUCCGGGCACAACUGUCUUGGAAUAUUCAAAACAUUGUGAAUGUCGGACAUUUCAGCAACACAUUCUGCUCUGAAACAACAGCAGAUGCCUCCAUCAGGCUGCAGCAGAUCGUCCUGAUCUCAGUGGGAACUUUUGCGCUGCUGCUGGUACUGACCGGGGGCUGUAUCUUCCUGGUCCUGAAAUACCAAGGGCUCAUCAAGUAUUGGUUUCACACUCCACCAAGGAUCCCAUCACAAAUAGAAGAGUACUUAAAGAACCCUGCAGAGCCCAUCCUAGAGGUCUUGGACAAGGACGGUUCGCCCAACGAUGAGGCCUGGGACACUGUGUCCAUCAUUUCCUCUCCAGAAAAGGAGGGAGAAGACUUUGACCCAACGCACUGGUCCAGCCGGGGGACCUCAGAGGACGACACUGAGCAGGAAAGCCGAUGACAUCUGGCCCAACUUCACACAGACCACUUCCAACUCCAGCCUCAGAAGGCUGCCUUGCCAAGCGCCCUCACAGGAGACAGUUUGGGACUUUUUCUAAGGAUUUUCUGAAUCGCCAGGCACGGUGGCACACACCUGUGAUCCCAGAACUUGGGAGGCUGAGGCAGGAAGAUCACUGCAAGUUUGAGGCCAGCUUAGACUAUAUGGCAAGACCUGUCUAAAAAAGCAAUUUUCUGAAUCAUACAAGUUUCUAGGAUGAUUGUUCAGAAAUAUCUCAGAAAAACUGAGGUUUCUUUUAAACACUAAAAGGCAUGAAAUGUCUUGUCUGCAGCAUGACUACAGCACCACUGUGGUGACCUGCCCUGUUGGCUGGUCCAGGCUAUCAGGAGAUUAGUUGUUCUUCUGAAAUGACAAUGGAGUUGUCUCAGUCUGUCCCAGCUGGUCCCAAGCAGGGAUUAUAGGUAUCAUCCAGUUAAAUGUGACUUACCCUGGGGUGAAAUGCAGCUCUAGCCUAGCCUGCACAAGGCACACACACACACACACACACACACACACACACACACACACACACACACAGAUUUUUCUGAUAAUUUAAGUUUUUUAAAAAGCUAAAAAUAAAAGUGGGUAUAGGCAACUUUUUAAAAAAUCUACAUGCAGUCUUUUUGCUCUACUUUGCCUUCUUUGUUUUGCAUAUUCUCUGCUAAGUUUUAGCUUCUUAAACUUCCUCUUUGUGCAAACUUUUGUUUUCUUAAGUAACACCCAGGAGGGCUUCAGGGGCUCCAGGGAACUCAGCAAGAACACUGUGUGUGGUGUGAUUCCUUGAAGAGUGAUGCAGGGCUCUCAGAAGUGGCUCUCACCCUGGGCUUAUGGGGUGAUUCGCACUGUGUUGCACAGAAUGAGCUGAUCCGUGGUAGAGUCCUGACAGUGCUGGUGUUGGGGGCUCUUUCGUUCAAACAACACAUUCUUGGGCCGGGCAAACAGCCAGGGGUUCGAUCCUGGGCUUGCCAUGCCAAUCCUGCCCCACCAUGGCACGCU